AUGGCGAGGAAACAACGAUACCAGGUCAAGUUGUACAAGAAAGUCAGAGAUAUAAUAUCUUACAGUUCUAGCAGUAAUGGUAAAGUUCCUCACAAAUCUGAAAGUGAAAAGAAGAUAAAGAAAUCCGGAGAAACGAAGAAACAGCCUGAAAACGAACAGAAUGAAUACUGGGAUUUAGUAGAUGAAACACCGCCAAUAAGUUCUGAUGAUUCAGACACGUGUUGGAACAUUUUUACAAAGAUAGGUGUUAUUUUAUUCAGUAUCACCCUGUUUUUCAUCGUUCUGGUAUCAACAGGAUUAACAAGAAUUAUUAUCCAUUUAAUGAUCUGGAAGCUGAAUCCACCACAAGCUAACUCAACCACAACUAUAGAUAAAAUGGGCGGUCUUCUUCGUCUUGUUGAAGAGAGAACUUACCUUAAAUAUAACUGCACUCAAAACUCCAAUAACACUGACUGUGCUUCUUCAUUUCUUCAAAGAGAGGAUUUUCCAACAACUUGGGAAUGCGUUCCAGUAAGUCGUCAUUUAUGUCAGUUGUUGGAAGAAACACCGUCGGUGAAUGUGAUGUGGAUUUGGGGUCUCGUUAUUGUUAUGGUGGUUCCAGACAUUUACACAAUUAUUCUUUCACUGUGGAGACUCUGUUUUAAGGAAACUCAAAAAUGUGACUUCAAAAGGUUAAUAUUGAGUCUAGUGGUGGAGACACUUCAUACAACGGGUCUUUGUCUUCUGGUUUUUCUUGUGCUUCCCGCGUUUGACCCAAUCACUGCUUCUAUUUUGUCUUGCCUCAUCAUUUUUUUUCCAGUAGUUUUUAGUUUGUUUUGUGACCUCAAAUUCUCUGGAAUGGAUAUAAAAACCAUGACACAAAAAGUGGCCAAUAGUUCUUGUAUUGAAAAAACAGAAUCGACAGAAAGGAAAAAAGAUAUUGAUAUUGAAAAAAAGUUGCAAGAAAGUAAAAACGAUUCUGAUAUAAAAAAGAAUUGUCCGAGGAUAAAAAAUUCUUCUAGUAGUGAAAAAGGAAAGGACUCGAAAGAAAGUAAAAAUGAGUCUGAUAUUGAAAAAGAUGUGCCAGAAAAAGAAAAAGACUCGAAAGAAAGUAGAAAUGAGCCUGAUAUUGAAAAAGAUGUGCAAGAAAGUAGAAAUGUAUCUGGUAAUGAAAAAGAAAAAGAGUUGCCAGUAAGUAAAAAUGAAGAUGACACCAAGUUUUAUGACGUUGUCUUCAAUAUUACACAAAAAGUUGGAUUUGUCUUUUUUCUCAUUUCAUUGGGUUUUGCAGGGUGGUAUAUUUAUAAAAAUUCAGGAGAGGAAAAUUUUGCGUUAAUUUUUUGUCUUUUAAUAAUUUCAUUGGUACUGGUUUCCAUAACCUAUUGGGAAAAUUUUCUAAUGUUUAGUUCCACAAUAACUCUCGAAAAAGAUACAAAUCAGCUAAAAAGUAUAAAAUCAAGGCUCAAAACUUUUCUCAUGGAAUAUAUCCGGUCUAAAAGAGAACUGGUAUCGCUUUUCACAGCUCUAUGGAAAGUGGUUUUGUCUAUUUCGUUUCCAUAUAUCAUUUUUUCAAUAAUGUCGACCGAUGAUUCGACUGCCUACGACACAGCUAAAGCCAUUUCUCUAUUUGGGACUUCCAAAGUAAAAACCUUGACGGGUAAAGUUAUUCUUGAAUCCAGGUCGUAUUUCCCUUAUGGUUGUGGAAGACAUGAUUUGGAUGCUCUUAUAAUAAUAUGUGUUGUUCUCGGCUUUGUUGGAUUUAAAAGUGCACGAUUUGCAUGUAGAGUCAAUCUUCAGUACGUUUGUUUUUCUUCUCCUCUCGUGUUAAGUUGGCUGGGUACCCCUCUUUUGAUUAUACCAGUUAUGAAGCAUCCCUUGUUCUGGACUACCCAGGACUGUAACAUUGUGCAACCUUUAUGGGAGUUAAGAGGGACAUUCAUUAAAGACAUAUGGCAGUUGAUUGUGUCUGGGUGUUUUGGAUUUGUUGCAUGCAUUCUGCUUACUUUAUACGUUUGGACAAACAAUGGAUCCAAGCUAGUUAAGUGCGACAGAUUAUUCCGGAAACCGCCGUACUGUGGAAUAUUUCUAAAUACUUCUUUACUUUUAACGAGGUGUAAAGACACAACGGAACAGAGAGGGGAGGAAAAAAGCGAGGAAGCAGAAAAAUCUACAGGCUCUAUCGACAGUGAAAAAUACUAUAGGCCAUUUGUGUAUUUUUGUGCAACCAUGUGGCACGAGACUGAAACUGAAAUGACGCAGCUACUGAAAUCAAUCUUUAAGGUUGAUUAUGAACAAUUUAUUCAAAAAGAGCACGAAAAAACUCUAAAAGCGAAGAAAAAGUCGUAUAUUAACGAAGACGUUUAUCAAUUUGAAGUACACAUCUUCUUCGAUGACGCUUUCAAACCCCGGAUGAACAAAACUGGUACUAAACAACUGAAAGGCAUAGAAGUUAAUGAUUAUGUCAAGACACUUGAAAGUGUAAUACCAAAAACAGCAAAAUCAAUAUACGGUGGAUUCGAGUUAGACGAAGUAAAGCGAUAUGAGACGCCUUAUGGCGCUAGAUUCGAGUGGGAGCUACUAACAUCGCAGAAACUUGUGGUGCACCUUAAAGACAAAACUAAAAUAAGGAAUCGUAAACGUUGGAGCCAGGUGAUGUACCUUUUCUAUCUUCUAUCAUUUAAAAUGAAUGAGACUAAAGAAAAUGAAAAGGAGAAACUGGAAAACAGUGGUGGAGACUUAGAGGAAAUAAUGAAGAGCUUUACUAACAAUACAUUUAUACUAGCAUUGGAUGGGGAUGUUGAUUUUAAACCGGAGGCAGUAUCACUUCUGCUUGAUCGCAUGAAAAAGAAUCCAUUGGUUGGGGCUGCUUGUGGCCGUAUUCAUCCCAUAGGUUCCGGCCCUAUGGUUUGGUAUCAAACGUUUGAGUAUGCUGUAAGCCACUGGCUCCAGAAGGCUACGGAGCAUGUGUUUGGCUGUGUAUUAUGUUCUCCUGGAUGCUUCAGUUUGUUCCGUGGUUCAGCUUUACUUGCAAAUAAUGUUAUGAAAACUUACACUAAAGUGCCAACUGAAGCUGCUCAUCAUGUGCAGUACGACCAAGGUGAAGAUAGAUGGUUAUGUACCUUACUGUUGAAACAAAAGUACAGGGUAGAAUAUUGUGCUGCCUCAGAUGCUUUGACCUUUGCCCCGGAAGGAUUUUACGAAUUUUAUAACCAGAGAAGACGUUGGGCUCCAUCGACAAUGGCAAACAUUUUGGAUCUUUUAUUGGAUGGAAACAAUGUCAGGAAAACGAAUCAGAAUAUAUCAAGACCGUACAUUUUUUACCACAUUUGUUUAUUUAUUUCCUCAAUACUGACACCAGGAACAAUUUUUCUGUUGAUACUUGGUGCCAUCAUAACAGCUUUUCCACAAAUUGAACCAUGGCUUGCAUUAUUAUUAAAUGGGGUUCCUGUAGCCAUCUUCAUAAUCUCAAUUUACGUCGCCAAAGAGGAAACGCAGCUUUUGUUUGCGGCAAUAUUGUCGACACUUUACAGCUUGGUCAUGUUGGUUGUUCUGAUAGGUUUGCUAAAGGAAGGUGUCGAGGCACAAUUCUGCUCAGUUACAACUGUCUUCUUUUGCUUUGUGGCUGGAGUCUUUGUUAUUGCUGCAAUCUUACACCCAAAGGAAUUUACCUGCAUUCUGCACGGACUGCUUUAUUUUCUGGCUGUACCAUCGAUGUCUAUGCUUUUGAUUUUUUACUCUGUUGGCAAUCUACAUAAUGUUAAUUGGGGAACUCGUGAAAGUAAAACAGCAAAAAAGGAUGACUCCUCUACUCAAAAGAUAAAGAAGCGAGUUCUAGGCCAAUCGUGCUCUUUUGGGGACUGGUGCAGAUGUAUUUUAUGUUUUAACGAAAUUGAGGAUGUCGGACCUGGUGUAUCUGAAGAAGAAAGGAAAUUAGAGGAAAAGAGAAGACCGAAGGAAAUCAAAAAACGUGGUAUAUUCAGAAAAUGCAAUCCCAUUCAAGAGGAUGAACAGGACUUUUGGAGAAAAUUUAUCAAAAAAUAUCUAAAACCUUUGAAGAUAAAUGAUGAGGAAAAGUCAAAAAUGCAAGCUGAACUAAUUGAACUGAGAAACAAGGUGUUUUUCUUUUAUUUUAUAACAAAUGCCAUCUUUGUAACAAUUGUUUAUGUUCUCACUCAAGUAAAUGCCUAUCAGAAAACACUUUCAAUCCCUCUACCAUGCAGUGUUGGUGAAACACAAGGUGUGAUCGAACCAAUCUCCAUCGCUUUCACUCUUGUCUUUGGAACUCUGCUUCUUAUUCAGUUUUUUGGAAUGUUAACACACCGUGUGUCAACAAUUUCUCAUAUAGUAGCUGCAACAAAGAUCAUAAAUAAAGAAUUGGACAGAAAAAUCCCGAUCAAGAAGUUUGAGAAACCAAUAGCUGAUGCAGUAAAAGAGGAAAAGAAGAAGACAAAGAAUGUCAAUAUUACCAAAUCGUCUAAAUGGAACACGUUAUCAACAGUAUCAACCGCGGUCAAGAUUCUUUCCGGAAAACAUGUAAUGAAACAUCAAAGCAUUAUAGACCUAAGAAAUUCUAUUCAAAUGAAUUUUAAGUUGGAUACGAUUAAAGAGAGCACAGAGGAAGCGGGGAUCCUCAAGCGUUACCCAGAAAAGCCUGUCCCCACCAUGAGUAUUAGAAAUUCACCUCCACCUUUGGAUACAAAGAGUCCCGAAUCCUCGAACCAAUGA